GAGAUUGUCGUUUAUAGAAAGAGAAUUGUCGUUUAAGCUGAUUCGCAAACGCUGAAAAGCACUAUCGGCGAAACUGGUUUCCUCGCUCGUGAAUUUGGUUCAAAGCCAAAACUGAAUCGAAUUCAAUUCCUGAGAAAGAAACGAAAUAAUGGGAGAAACUAAUCCAACGACCAGCAUCGAUGACGAUUUACUACUCAAAAAUUUUUUCGCCGAAGUCAGCGAAGUUGAAAGGGACAAUGAAGUUCUUAGGAUUCUCUCUUGUUUUAAGUUGAAUCCAUUUGAGCAUUUAAACCUAUCAUUUGAUUCUUCAAUUGAUGAAGUGAAAAGGCAGUACCGCAAGUUAUCACUGAUGGUUCACCCUGACAAAUGUAAACAUCCACAAGCAAAGGAGGCUUUUGGAGCACUAGCAAAAGCCCAACAAUUAUUACUCGACCAAAAUGAAAGAGAUUAUCUUCUCAGCCAAGUUAAUUCAGCAAAAGAAGAACUUAGAGUAAAGAGAAAAAAACAUCUGAAGAAAGAUACAGCCUCAAAGAUGAAGUCCUUAGUUGAGGAGGGAAAAUAUGAUAAGCAAUAUGAACAGUCAGAAGAAUUCAAGCAGGAGCUCAAACUCAAAGUUCGUGAACUAUUAACAGAUAAAGAAUGGAGGAGAAGAAAAAUGCAAAUGAGGAUAUCAGAGGAGGAAGGCAGAUUAAAAAGGGAUGAAGAGGAACAGAAGGAAAUGUGGAAAAGAAAGCGUGAACAUGAAGAGGAAUGGGAAGGAACAAGAGAAAAGAGGGUAUCCAGCUGGAGAGAUUUUAUGAAGGGUGGAAAGAAGAAUAAAAAGGGAGAAAUUCGCCCACCUAAGCUUAAGACAGAAGAUCCCAACAAAUCCUACGUUCAGAGGCCUGUAAAAAGAGGUUAAGGUAUAUUGUCACAGACGAUAAAUCCAACUAGGAAUCCAAGAAAACUUCUUCAUGCAGGCUUUUCCUUUGUAUCAGUUUGAUUGAUAUUGUAAUCAUAUUUAUCUCUAGGGUCAUGAGAGGCAUCUUAAUGGAAUCUAGACCUCCUCCAAAUGAAUACUCCAUUUUGGGAUGUUACGCCCUUGUACUGACUGAUACAUAGGAAUUACUCCUAUUUAGUUGUAUUGCCUUAUUAAUGAUUUUUGAGAAACUGUGUGAAGCCCAUUUAUAUACCAGUCAUCAGCAACGAGGUGGAUCAGAUGUUAGUUAUAAUUACUUUCAUUUAUACAACCGAAUGUAAAAUAAAGCUUACCCGUUAUCUAUAAUUGCAAUUAUAUUAGUUACCGUCA